UGGGUUUUCCCCUUCUGUCAUAUCAAUGAAGCUUCAGGCGAAAGAUUGCGCGAGCAGUGCUAAAUUUACUUAUAAAACUUUGUAACUUUGUGAAAGGUUCCAGUUUGAACGGUCUUUGUUGAAUAUAACACGCAAAUCGAAAUGAUUUUUAGCUAAUUCGUUUGCGUUGAAUUAAUACGAGAAUUCUUUCGUGUAUUCAAGAAUGCAUCAACCAAUUGGUAGUAGUCCUUACUCACCUGAAUCAUCACAUUCCUCAAGUUCUCCGAUAAGCCACAGCUUCUCCAGUGGAAACUCUCCUAUGAUGUGUGCCUCACCAAACAGUGCCUACAUGGGAAAUUCUCCCAGUUCAAUUCCUAUCAGACCAGGCAGGCUAUCCCCAUGUUUAUCUAUACUUAAUCAACCACAAGGGAAGUUUCGUUUUCGUUAUGCCUCUGAAAUGACUGGAACACAUGGAUGUCUUAUGGCAGAAAGCAAGGAACGGAACAAAAAAGAAUAUAUUCGUGUUCAAUUGGAAGGCUGUCAAGAUCGAGAAGCUAUUAUUCGUUGUACAUUAGUUACAAACAGUUCAAAACCUGUUCCACAUGUCCAUCGUCUUGGAGGGGAAGGAAACUCCAAUGGGAACAAUGGGAACGAAGGAGAAUACCAAGAAAUGAUAGUCUCCGCUGGUAAAAACGAAUGGACUGCAACUUUCUCCGGUUUAACAAUUAUACACACAGCGAAAAAACAAGUCCGUGAGGUGGUUGAAAGGCGUUUGAUAAAUGAACUGGGGAAUGCACCCAUGAAUCGUAACCAAGGGCAACAGUUGAAGGACGAAGCAGACAAGAUAGCCAAUACAAUGGAUCUUCAUUCGGUUAAACUAAAGUUUGAGGCCUUUGUGGAACAAAACGGUUUUCGUGAACAGAUCUGCCCACCUCAAUAUUCCCAAGCUAUUCACAAUUUAAAAAGCACUCAUGCUGGAGACUUACGCAUCGUCCGAAUAGAUAAGGUCUAUAGUUGUUGUACGGGACAGGAAGAGAUUUUCAUCUUCGUGGAGAAAGUCAAUAAAAAGGACAUCAAAAUUCGUUUCUUCGAGACAGAUGAAAACGAGCAAGAAAUCUGGAGUGCAUUUGCCGACUUUUCUGAAUUGGAUGUUCAUCAUCAAUAUGCUAUCGCAUUCAAGACUCCCGCUUAUCAAGAUCCGAAUAUUCAAUCAGAUGUGACUGUUCAGUUCCAGUUAUAUCGGCCCAGCAAUCAAUCUACCAGUGAAGCCAAAUCUUUCACCUAUACUCCAAGAGAAAGAGUUGGUAUGAAGCGACCUCGACGAGAUGUUCCGUUAAACUCCGAUUCUAAUACCAAUAAAAGAGAUUAUAAUGCGACGCGGACAUUACCGAAUAAUGAUCCUGUUGCUCCUAAUACAUUUCCCUCAAAUUGCCCUUCUGGUGAUGAAAAUGGAACACCAAGCUUUACGUCUAAUUUCGCAGACCAACAAAGGAAAUGUUAUGAAACCUCGAUGAUGAAUCCUUGUAACAUUUUUGAAACUACGCCGCAUAUGAUGGAGCCAUUCAAUUCAGUAUAUCCAAAUGCAGCUAUACCUGAUCUACAAUGGCCGACAAUGUCGGCUACCACAAUUCCCUAUUCUGAAUCAAAUGAUCAACAAUGGCGCUCACAAUUAACACAAAGAGGUGCUACUGACGAACCGCUAAGGGUGCCCUUUGAACUGGAAAAUUUAGCUUGGCCAGAACUCAACAUUGAACAGGCUGAUGACGAUCUUUUGGCAGAACUUCUAAAAUUAGAUACUUAUGGCUCAGAUGCAUCUGGAUCAACUAUCGAUGCACUUACUCCGCAACUAAAACAUAUGAAGAUAUCACCAAGGAAGUCUCCUUUCAGUGAUUUUAAGCCUUCCCAUAGGAUUAACCAAUUAGUUUCAUCACCAGUUACAACAUCCAAAUUAAUGUCUGCUUAUUCAAUGAACAUGGCCCGGGCGAUUCGCUGGUACGCCACGACUGGGGAUUUGGGUCAUAUUUUGACUCGUAUGCGACAUCUUAUGGCAAUGCAAAGUGAAGAUGGAGACAAUGCACUCCACGACGCUCUUAUUCACAAUCAAACCGAUGUUGUGCGCGCUAUACUGCAUGCGGCUUCCUUUCAUAACACAGAACUGAAUUUCGUCAACGCUCAAAAUAAUGCAAACCUGACACCUUUACACAUUUCUGUUCUUAAAAACCAAAUCGAGGCUACAGCUUUGCUUUUGCAAAGCGGAGCAAACCCUGGAUUGGUUGAUGCUAAUGGAAAUUCCCCAAUUCAUCUUGCUGCAAUGGACAAACAUCUCAUUGACUGUCUUCAAUUACUUUUAAAUACUUCCAGCUGGAAGCCAGCCCACGCUCUGAAGUUGAAUAUGAGAAAUUACGCUGGUCUUACUCCUUUACACAUUGCGGUUAACGCAAUGAACGUGAAAAGCGUAGAAUUGCUACUUGCCAAAGGAGCUGAUGUCAAUUGUCAUGAAACAAAGCGCGGGAGAUCAGCUUUACACAUUGCCGUUAAAAAGCAAUCGGAAGAGAUGGUGACGUUAUUGCUGAGCUGUACAUCUUUGAAUGUGAAUAUGCAAAGCUAUGAUGGAAUGACUGCUUUACAUCUGGCUGUGUUGGACGAACUUGAUAAAAUCUGUAGUUUAUUAUUAAAGAGCGGGGCGGAUCCCUCAAUUCUUAACUACGUGAAUUCUUCCGCAUCGUCGGAAAAUGAAGAAUGUGACGAAAGUGACCACGAACACUUGUUGGGAGAUGGUAGUGUUGAAAAAGGACAAAGUUCCUUAGAUUUGGCACAGUGCAAUUUAACGAUAGCUGAAGUGUUACGUGAUGGUACUCGCUCGUCAACGAGCUUGGCUCUCUGCGAAACUAAUUUUUUGGUGAUGGAUGAAGAUGAGCGGAAAAGUACCGCAUCGGACGCUACUUCAAAUAGUAGAGUUUUAGACUCGGGCAUCGAUUUGAUGACUAGCAAAGAGUUGCCUAAAGAGCUGGACAAACGUAUCAUCAGUGACUUGGCUAACAUAUUAGAUUCUCCCAACAAAGAAUGGGAACAGUUGGCCGAUAGCCUGGAUCUCUUAUUGAGCAUGCGAACCGUUUUGGACAAGCAGCAAAGUCCAACCACGUAUUUGCUAUCAAAUAUGGAUCUUUGGGAAGUGUCGACUCAGAUCGUAUUGGAAAAACUGCAUUUCCUCAAGUUCACAGAUGCUGCGACGCUGCUUGAAAAUUAUUUGGCAACUUAAUAAAAUAAUAACCAAUUAAGUAUUUGCUAGUUAAAAGAAAUGGACUAAAUUGUUCACUUCUUUGAAACAACGCUGUAGCUGUAUUUCUUAUAUCCAUCGGGUAACAAUUAAGAUUAUAAUAUGCGUUUAAGCUGUUAUUGUUUUGGCAAACUGCGUAAUUUUUUUGUUUGGGAUGAUAUAUAACUUUAAAUAUCGUCGGUUGGACCAAAUAAGUUAGUUUUCAAAUAUUUUAUAGAUAAGGUGUUGGAAAAUAAAACGAAAAUAAACAAGAUUCUUUUCAGUUACUAA